GCCAAAGUGUUGGAAGAUUGUUCCACUAAGAAGAAGCCAGCUUGGAUCCUGUGUCCAGAGUCUCCCUGGAGCAUGCACCUGGAACAAGAGAAGCACGAAUUGCGGCGGCGAUUUGAGAACAAGGAGGGCGAGUGGGAAGGCAGGGUGUCCGAGCUGGAGAGCGACGUGAAGCAGCUGCAGGACGAGCUGGAGAAGCAGCAGGUGCACCUGCGCGAAGCCGACCGCGAGAAGACGCGCGCUGUGCAGGAACUCUCCGAGCAGAACCAAAGACUCCUGGACCAGCUCAGCAGGGCGUCGGAGGUGGAGCGGCAGCUCUCCCUGCAGGUCCACACCCUCCGGGAGGACUUUCGGGAGAAGAAUUCCUCCAGCAGCCAACACAUCGUGCGGCUGGAGAGCCUCCAGGCCGAGCAGGUCCUUGAAAUCAAAAUGCUGACAGACAGGAAGCGGGAGCUGGAGCAUCGCCUCAGUGCCAUGAUGGAGGAGAACGACCUGCUCCAGGGAACCGUGGAGGAGCUGCAGGAUCGAGUCCUCAUCCUGGAGAGACAAAGCCAUGACAAGGACCUGCAGCUGCACCAAAGCCAGCUGGAGCUCCAGGAGGUGAGGCUGUCCUACCGGCAGCUGCAGGGCAAGGUGGAGGAGCUCAGCGAGGAGAAAAGUCUCCAAAACCUCAACACAACCAGCACAUCCCUGCUCUCUGAGAUAGAGCAGAGCAUGGAAGCAGAGGAGCUGGAGCAAGAACGAGAACAGCUGAGGCUGCAGCUGUGGGAGGCGUACUGCCAGGUGCGCUACCUCUGCUCCCACCUGCGCGGCAACGACAGCGCCGACUCGGCCGUGUCCACCGACUCCUCCAUGGACGAGUCCUCGGAAACCUCAUCAGCCAAAGACGUCCCGGCCGGCAGCCUGCGGGCAGCACUCAGCGAGCUCAAGAGACUCAUACAGAACGUGCUGGACGGGGCAGACUCCACGAGCUCUCGGCGAAGCGACGACGACACCUUAGAGGAACAGAUCAGGAGAACAAGUGAGGAUUCGCGAGCCCUGAGGGAAUUAAUGGAGGGAGAACGGGGGAAACUGAGGCAGAGUUUGGAGGAGCUGCAGCGACUGCACAGCCAGGUGACGCUGCUGAGCGUGGAGAUGACGACGCUGAAGGAGGAGCGGGACCGGCUGCGCGGCGCUGCCGAGGACAAGGAGGCGAGCGAACGGCUCCUGCAGGCCAUCAGGGACCGCGACGAGGCCAUCGCCAAAAAGAACGCGGUGGAGGUGGAGCUGACCAAGUGCAAGAUCGACAUGAUGUCCCUCAACAGCCAACUCCUGGAUGCCAUCCAGCAGAAGGUGAACCUCUCGCAGCAGCUGGAGGCCUGGCAGGAUGACAUGCACAGGGUCAUUGACCAGCAGCUGAUGGACAAACACCCGAAGGAAUGGAGCCAGCUCGCUUAUUCCUUCUCCAGUGGCUCCGGCGCCAAGCGGAGUGCCCGGCCCGCCCCCGCCUUCAGGCCGGAGCAGCAGGGGGACGAGCCCGUCGGGGCCGAAGGAAACCGUCUCUUCUCCUUCUUCAAGAAAAAUUAACUUGGAAAAGAGAAAACUCUCCAACACUUCCUGCUUCAAUAUGAGGAGUGGGGCAGCUGCCCAGCUUGCUGAUGGACCCAAGUCUGAUCCACUGAGUGAAAAAGAAGGGGGCAAAGGAGUGAACCCUUGAGACUCUGCACUAUUUACACCGCACCUGGUCUGAGCCAAAUGUUUACAUGAAUUGGAGAUUUGCAAAUUGACAAUGUGAUUCUAGUAGAAAGAAACUUUUCUUAUUCUGUAAGUGAAGUGAUAAACUUCAGGGUAUAUUUUAGGCGCUUUGACACAGUCCAGUUUCUGCUGUGAAGAAUACUCUGAUUGUCUUAAAAGCAUUCUUAUGCUGGAGAAGGAAAUAAGCAGCCCCAAGACAGAGCGGUGCAGGGGAUUGAGAACUGCUGUCACAGCGAGCCCUGGGGGAAGGAGAGGGCUGAAUGCAAGAGGACAGAGGGGAGCCAUUUGUACCGCCCUGGCAGCUGUGACAUCCUUCAUCCAUCCCACUGAGGCUGGAGUCACUCUGGCCCCACAUUCCCAUGUUUUGACAAAUGUAGCUUUCUCCGUGGUGGAGGCUGAGCCCUCACUGCAAAUCCUGCCUGGGCACCA